AGAAGAGGAUUUUUUGUUUUCGCACGUGUCUCUGGUGGACACCCCGUUUUAGUCGCACGCUUGGUUCCUUUCUUCGUCUCGUCUCCCUCACAUCGCACACGCUUUCUCCCUCACACUCUUUCUCAGGGUUGGCAGGGUGGUGGUAGUAAGGAUUAUAGUAGUGGUUAUAGUGGUGGUUGGUGGCCAUGUAGGAAGGUACCUGCAGUGGUGGUGGCAAUAGAAAGGGGGAGAGCAGCUGCACAAUAUUGGGGUGAGGAAUUGACAACUUCAGGGUGUUAUUUAGUUCAGUGCUCCCUCAUUCCCUUUACUAGUUGCUAGCUCAACUAGUGACAAUUGCAACACCUUUGUCUUCUGAUUUUGUGAUCUGAGGAUAAAGAUGGAGCUGAGUAGCAUCAAAGAUGCAUUUGAUCGUGUAGCCAAAAAGCAAAAAUUGUCCUCUUCCAAGUCUCAGGAAGUUGUUGACCAGGUGGGGCGUGAAAUUGAGCAGGCAUUGGCAACAAUUCAGUCAUCCCGUGACCUCUCUUCUCCUGCUGACCAGAAAUCCGUUCUCACAGAACUUAAGUUCAAGAUUAAUGCUAUUGGACCACUUCAACAGUUGGAAGGUUCAAAUAAGGAAGUGAACGGAAGUAUUAUCAAGUAUCAAAGGCUCCUUGAAAAAUUGUUAAAUCCUGACAUAUCUAAGGCAUACAGAAAUGUGGAGUUUGAUACUCGUAUUAUCAAUCAGAUCAUUGCAAACCACUUUUACCGUCAAGGUUUAUUUGAUCUUGGAGAUAGCCUCGUAAAUGAGGCUGGAGAGCCUGAUGCAACUGCACUUAGAUCUCAAUUUUUAGAAAUGCAUCAGAUUAUUGGAGCUAUGAGGGAGAAAAACCUUCAGCCUGCUCUGACAUGGGUCUCUGCUAAUCGAGAGAAACUUGAUCAUAUUGGUUCUAAUCUUGAGCUUAAGAUUCACAGACUGCAGUUUGUAGAGGUCCUGCAAAAUGGGACACAAGCUGAUGCCUUAAAAUACGCCCGAACUUAUCUUGCUCCUUUUGCUUCCCUCAACAAGGACGAGUUCACAAAGCUCAUGGGUUGCCUCUUGUAUGCAGGAAGGCUGGAGAGCUCCCCUUAUUCUGAGUUGAUGUCCCCAAUUCAUUGGGAGAUGACAACUGAAGAGCUCGCACGGCAGUUUUGUACUCUCUUGGGGCAGUCCUAUGAGAACCCACUGAGUCUAGCAGUUGCUGCAGGAGUUGAGGGGUUGCCUACCCUGUUAAAGUUGGCAAAUGUAAUGGCAGCAAAGAAGCAAGAGUGGCAGGAAAUGAAACAGUUGCCGGUGCCUGUAGAAUUGGGUAAGGAAUUUCAGUUUCACUCGAUUUUUGUUUGCCCUGUGAGUAGGGAUCAAGGAAGUGAAGAGAAUCCUCCAAUGCUGUUGCCAUGCUUACAUGUCCUUUGCAAGCAAUCAAUUAUGAAGUUAUCAAAAAAUAGCACCCGAACAUUCAAGUGUCCAUAUUGUCCAGCCGAAGCGACAGUUACACACUGCAGACAACUGUAUUUCUGAUGAUGUUUGUGUUCCGUACAUUUCAUUUGUGCAAUACAUCAUUUACAGCUUUCUGGUUGUAUAUAAAUAUUCCAAAAUAUCUGUUACUUUUGAUAAGACCAACGAGUGAAUAAAAGUUGAAAGAACCUGUCUAUAUAGCCGGGAGUUCCGUCCA